AUGAAAGAUAGUCACGGCGAUUAUGAUCCGAACACUCAAAAUCCGGUCAAUCCUGAUCCCGACUACAACGGUGAUUAUCCAGAGCAAUCGGCAUCCAUCGCAACAAUAAGUCCAGCAGACAAAAUAAAAGAAAUGCCUGCUUCAUCGAAGGCCGCAACGGCCUCACCAGCCGUUAAUCGGCCGCCAAAACCACCCGGCUACGCUCUCGGUCCCUAUUUACAAUUUCUAACGACUGACCUGGAUCAUAUGUUGUGGUACGGAAGUGCUCUCAUCUUCCGGCAUGUUUCGUUCAACGAUAAAAGACCAAAAAUCGAAUUUAUAUGUGAGCCCAAAGUUGAUUACACAUGGGAGAUACUGUACGAUAAUAUAUUUGAUAUGCGUGCCUAUCGAGUCCAUAUCAAAAUUGAACUACGCGAUGGUGCCAGUGACGACAAAAUUGCAUGGAAAAUCGACUGGACCGAUCAUACAAGCGAAGGUUUGUUUCAUAUUGCUCAGCGAGAUCAGCGGUGGCGUGGCGGUUUCUUUUCGUGUAACGGUUUCGAUGCGACAGUGCCUGAACAAGUGGUCAACGACUUGACAUACACGAAUGUAUGGAAACAUUUAAAUUCGGUGCAUGAAGAAAAUCCGUUGCAUCUGCUCGUUUGGGGUGGCGAUCAGAAUUACAUCGAUUUCAUAUUCGAAGAUUGUCCUUACCUCAAAGACUGGGUAGACAUGGAAUGGAACAAAAAAUGGACAUGUGAUUUUCGUGAAGAUUUACGCGAACAAGUUGAACGGUAUCAUUUCAAUAUGUACACUGAAAAUUGGGAACGACCCGAAGUGAAAUACGCAUUGGAGACGGUGCCGAGUUUAAUGACAUGGGACGAUCACGAUAUUUUUGAUGGAGCUGGUUCUUAUCCGCCUCUUCUGCAUGAUAGUCCAGUUAUGAUGGGUCUGUUUCGAUCGGCACAAAAAAUGCGUCUUCUCUUUCAACAUCACACAACGGUCGAAAAAGCAUGUACCGAAGAUCAUACAAUGUUCGGUUAUAAAUCUUACAAUUUUCUUGCUCGUUGUGGUCCGCACUUGGCCAUUUUGGGCACUGAUAGUCGCAGUGAACGCGAUGCCGAAACAAUUAUGGAUCAGAGAACUUGGGACAUGAUAUUUGACAAACUCAAUAAAAUAGAUCCACUUGUCCAACAUUUAAUCGUCAUAUUUGCCGUCCCAUUCUCAUUCCUCCGAUUCCGUCUCGCCGAGUCGAUAUUUGAACGAUUUAAAAACGCAACAAAUAAAUGUCGAACAUUGCCCAUCGUUAAACAAACAAAUUCCAUUUUUGGUCUGCCAGAAUUGUACGAUGAUUUGCUCGACGAAUGGACACAUCAGGCGCACAUCCGAGAACGAGAUCGAGGACUGCAAAGAUUUCAACAGUUGUCGAAUGAAAAACGGUUGCGAAUCACGUUUUUUAGUGGUGAUGUUCAUACGUGUGGAAUCGCCAGAUUUCAAACACGACGACGUAGAGGAGUAAUUCAACCAGUAAAUGACAGUAAACUGAUGUAUCAAGUGAUAUCGUCUGCUAUUGUAAAUAUUCCACCGUCGAGAAAGAGUUUACAUGUAGCACAUUAUUUUAAAACAAAAUGGUAUCCGGAUGGUGUUGAAGAUACCGAAGAAGAAUUGACAGAUUUUUUCGAGCGAAUGCCCGAGACAGGACGAAAAUUGGUGCAUAAAAAAUUAUUGCCAAACAGAAAUUGGUGCUAUUUUGAACAAUCGUCUUCUGCCACGCCAACUGUCGUUCAAAAAGUUGGCGGAUUUUUCCAUCGUCAUUUUUCAUCGUCGAAAAAUAACGUUUUACCAAUUACAUUGGGACCAACGUCAACUGCCGACGGUCAGGGAAGUGCCGAGCCACCUGUUCACACUCACACAGAAGGACGUUUUUGUCGACAACAGACAGAACAGUCUCGAGAAGGGUCUACGAAUGAGUUAACGAUAAGAUUGUGGUUAGAGUCGAGUGAAAAGCACAAAGAAGGAAGACAAUUUGUUAGUUAUGAAUUAUUGAUCCCAGGUUUAUUAUAG